AUGUUCAAGAGGCAGUCUUCACUUCAAUGGCGUGUGGGAUGUGUACUCCUUUAUCUUUGCUUCCUGACGAUCAAGACUUAUUUUCAUCACCUAAAACAGAACGAAGUGCUUGAUCCACAAAGAUCACAUGACUUUGAAGAACAGAAUCUAGACCCGUUGACAGCAUCCGUUUCAAAUUUUCAAAGACAGCGGCAUCUUUUGGGUAUAAACAUUGUUCACCCACCGCCAACAGCAAACUGUACACCUUUGGCUGUGGAAAAUUUCCCCAAAGACCUUUUCACGCAAAAGCAACGCCAGAGAGGUGCUAUUAUCAUUCAUAUUAUUGGGGCAGUCUAUAUGUUUAUUGGACUGGCCAUCCUUUGUGAUGAGUAUUUUAUUCCCUGUCUGGAACGGAUCUGUGAUGAUGUGGCCGGAGCAACCUUUAUGGCUGCUGGAAGCUCAGCUCCUGAAUUGGCCACCACACUUGUUGGCGUAUUUAUUGCAAAGGAAAUGUUGUUUACACAAGCUCGGAUGAGUCCGUCUUGUUUUUUGUACCAAACGACCACCGCGAUGUGGCCCACAUUCUCUUUGGAAUCGCAAAGGUUGGUCAGAUGA